CCCGGCUGCUCCACUGGUCCCUGUCCAGGACCACCCCUGAACACAGCUGACUCUAACUCGUUCACAAUUGUAAUAAAGUAAGUAUGUGGAUGUGAAUUACACCACCACCAGGUCGAACAAAAGGGGACAGCUAAAAUGCAUAACGUGCAAAUACUGAUUUUUGUUCUAACCACAGACUGUAUGAAGAAGUGGACUAAGUAAAUGUGACAUCACCCACAGUGUUCUGCUCCAGUCAAAUGAAGCUCACAGAGGGUGGCAGUUACAGACUUGAAAUUUGGAGCCAAGUUCCAUAUUAGGAAAAGGAAUUGACUUAUGGACAAAAUAAGGAAACAAAAGCCCCAUAAUACUUAAUACUACCACAAUUUCAUGAUUUUUGUUCAAAACUUGUAUUACAGGCCAGCCUUUUAAGCCCUGCAUAUUUUUUCACUUUUGAUCGAAGAAAAAAUUAUUAUAAUUUACUGGUGCAUUGUGUCAUUUCCUGGUGAAGGGUCUGCCACCAUGAGAGACAGUAUUACAUUGCCUACAUUGUUCCACAGUAUGGUAUUAAAUGCAUCUAUCUCCAUGGAAACAAGAAGUUGGUGCCACCGGGCCAUGUUACAGGGUCAAGGCAAAUAAAGAGAAGAGCAGUGGCUUCACAGUUGACUCAGCAGAAAUCAUGGAUAACGAAAAACAAAUAAGACAAAACACAGAGGAUUCAGCCAAAAUAACCAAGGCCCAUGAAAAACUGAGCUGUGGGGAUGUAACUGAUGCAGGAAAGUUGCAAAUGGAGACCACCUCCUCUUCAGUGCGAGCUGUGCCGACCGUCCAGGACUCUGAGGAUCAGUGCAUGUACCAAAUGAACUUCCCCUGUGUCGGAGUCUGUCUGAUCAUCAACAACAAGUACUUUAAAGUAAUGGACACUCGAAAUGGCACAGAUGAGGACGAAGCCGCUGCGAAGGAAACAUUUGGGGCUCUGGGGUAUAAAGUCAUUGUGCACAAGGACCUCACUAAGAAAGAGAUGAAGCAGGAGCUGGAGAAAGUGUCUAAAGAGGACCACAGUGGAAACGCAUCCUUCGUUUGUGUGAUUUUGAGCCAUGGAAAAGAGGAAGGGAUCUGUGGGACAGAUGACAUAGUGACACUAGAAAAACUCACCAGAUACUUUAAAGGAGACCAAUGCAGGACUCUCAUAGGGAAACCCAAGCUCUUCUUUCUGCAGGUAUGCCGUGGUGAAAACUUAGAUUCUGGGACGACGGACAGAGACAUGGUCGACGCCACAGCGCUGCCCAUUACACAAAAGAUCCCAGUGGAGGCAGACUUCUUGUACGCCUACGCCACAGCUCCAGGGUACUACGCCUGGAGGAACUUUGAGAAAGGCUCCUGGUUCAUUCAGUCUCUGUGCGAGAUCCUGCUGAAAUAUAAACACCUGGAGCUGAUGCAGAUCCUGACCAGAGUGAACAGAAAAGUGGCCUUUGAGUUUGUGUCCUCCAACAGUAAUCCCAAAUAUGACGGAAAGAAAGCAGUCCCCAGCUUCACCUCCAUGUUGACCAAAGACUUCUACUUCCCAGAAUAGAUUUUAAGCAAUGGUCAAAUGUAACGAAGUAAAAGAGAUAAAGUACUGAUCUUAAGUAUACGGUUUAGGUAUCUGUACUUUACAAGUACAUUUUAAAGUGGAUACAUUUUACUUACUACUUUUCAUUUUACUUCCUUUACUUACUACUAUUACUUACAUUUUACUUACUACAUUUUAGAGCAAGUAUCUGUACUUUCUACUCCACUACAUUUUACUUACUACUGCAUUUUACUUACUACUACUACUUACAUUUUACUUACUACUACAUUUUAGGGCAGGUAUCUG